CAUUCACCAAGCAGAUCAAUAGUUCGGAUGAUCAUCCCAGGACGACAGGCACGAAGGAAAAGCUGGCUUGAGCCAACCCUCUCUGGGCCAAUUAAAUCCCACUAUCGUGUCAGUGCGAGAUGCGGCGGGCUGAAAAAAGGCACGCGUGCUCGAGAGAGCUGGUUGAAAUAGGAGCUCCGCUGCCUGUCUGCAGCAUCGUCAAGCAAGAAUCACUGGAGCAUCGACUUUCAACAUGCUGUCUCACGCUCUCAAGUCGCUCGUGGCUAUACUGGCCUUGGGCACUGCUGUCACAUCAGCAGCCAGCUCCCAGGCGAUCAUGAGCCGUCGUGUCACCGAGUAUUUGAUGCCGGUCACUGCUCAAACGCAUGAACCUGCACGCGUGCCGAACACAAACUUCGUGCUGUUGACCCAGAUGUCAAGCAGUGAGCUUGUCAAAAUCGAGCUCGAUGCAACCACCGAGGAGCCCAUCGCGUACCAGUCAUUUCCCAUGGGCAAGAACAGCAGCUCGAUGCUUCAUGGUGCCUGGCCGUCCGCGAAAUACCCCGGUCUAAUGUGGCUGUCCCUCCAAGGCGACAACAAGCUGAUCCUCGUCGACCCUGGCAAGGACCUUGAGACUGCGCCGCAGAUCAAACACACCAUCAACAUCCCCAAGCCCGGCAAGGGUCCUCACUGCGUGUUUGAGAUUGGGAACCGUGUCUGGGCCGGCCUCAAGGAAGCCUCUACGCAAACCGGCCAGUACUAUGCCUUCUCUGCCGAUCUCCGCAACUCCUCCGACUACAAGCUAUACCAGUCUCUCAACAGCCCUGUUUUCAUCAGAGAGGAGCCCACCACCGGCCUGAUCUACGUGACACAAGACAACGACUCGUCCAUCAUGCGCAUCGAUCUCACCACCGAUGAGACAACACAGAUGCCAAUCCCCCCCCGCGUCGGCAACAACGCUGUUGGCAUGAUGUCUGCCACUGGCCCCCUCAGUGGUGUCUGGUUCACUCUUGCUGGGAACGCGACCGGCGGUACCGGCACCUUCGGCCACAUCGGUGCGGAUGGCAAGAUGAAAUUCUUCUCCCUUCGACACAAGGUUCUCGGCGGCAAUGCUGGCCUGCUCCAUGUCGCGGAUGCCUCGACAUCGGACGAGCCAGCACUGUGGCUCCUGUCCACCUCACUGCUCAGCACCGACUCGCCCGAUGCCCUAAUCCGCGUCACCUUCGACCAAUCCGUUUCCACUAUCAAGGGCGAGGAGUAUAUCUCACUACCAACACAGAAUGCCAAGACCCACCGGGUGCUCGUCUUGGACUCAUCUGUUUUAGUUUCGGAGCUUAACACUUUCGCCCUCGCCCAGCUCAAGUACGACAACACCGUUGCAGGGCAGUGGCUGCCAUCUAAGGUUGUCGGCGACACCAAGGUUUACGAUGAGGCAGGCUAAAUGGCGAGACCUUUUUACCGAGAGAGAUUAGACAUAUAUAUAUCUAUAAUUGUACUGGUGUUGAUUGAGGCCAACUAUAGUUCACAAUGUAGACUAUCUUCGGGGGUGUGCAUUCUUUCUCAAAUAGGGCAGCCAUCGAGGCAGAAAUAGAGUAUACUAAAAUACUACUAUGCAUUGGUGACGUCCCGAGAUUGCCCAGGCAUGGUGUGGGCACUGGUCGCAACUCAUUGAAGAGCCCAUGAGGAAACGAUACCUUCGCGAGCAGCUGGCCUCUC